AUGGGGGCGAGCAUAAGCAGAGGGGAUAACGAUUUGGCUGGGGGUGGAGGUGGGGGUGGGGUGGAAGACUACCAUGAAAUGAAGAACGGAAAUCGAAGAUCAAAAGGAAGAAGGGAGGAAGGUCUUACUGAAAAGGAAAGCACCGACGAUGAACUCAGGUUGAGAAGCAAGAAAAAAGAAGAUGAGGACGAGGAAGGUGAUGAGGCGAAGGGAGAAGUCUGUACUAAUGACAACAAGCGCCGUGUCUCCGCCGCCGCCGCUACCUCGUCGCCCCGCCUCCUCUCGUAUCUGCACCGGAAUCAUCCGAUGCUUCCUCGUAACUGCAGAUACGGCGGCGGCGGCCUCACGUCCUCCUCCUCCCGAAGGGACGUGCUCUACUGCUGCGGCCACUGCGGUUACGCGUUGAACCUGAGCUCGUCGGAUCGCGACACAGCCAACAUCGGCGCCGAGUACGGGAGGUUCAUCAGGAAGGGCGUCGUCUCCUUCGCCACCAUCGACGAGAGCAGGUUCACGCAGACCGACGAUCUCCGCUGCCUGCCCUACUUCCGCUCUCCGCGAUCCUGGGGCAUCCGCCGCCGCCGGACGCGCCUUCUCUGCCGUGGGUGCGGCCUCCUCAUCGGCGUCGCCACCUACGCCGGCGACGAAUUCGCCGCUUCUUCGCCGUCCGGCGGCUCCUCUUCGGAGGGCAACGACGCGGAGACCACCUCCGGAAGCUUCCGGAAAUACAAGAUCAGGAUCGGCGCCUUGCAGCCCUCCGACGACGACGCAGCCGCUCCCUUCUUCACUUGAAAAACCCUCUUUGUUUUCAGUUUUUGAUCGAUUAAUUUUCUUUCUGCUUAUGGUAAAUUAUAUAUUAUAUUCCUUGUAAUUGUAGAAAUAGAUAGUUAGCUUGUAAAUAUGGAUUUGGUUAUACUUCUGCUAUGUUUGUCAAAAACAUUGUAUUAAGCUCUUCAAAUUAAGUUUCUU